UCCUUGCAGGUCAAAGCCUUCGGUCCCGGGUUGGAGCCGGUGGGCUGCAUCGUGAACAAACCGGCCGAGUUCACCAUCGAUGCUCGAGGAGCCGGGAAAGCAGCGCUCAAGAUCUAUGCUCAGGAUGCAGAAGGCACCCCCAUUGACAUCAAAGUCAAGGACAAUGGCAACGGGACCUUCUCCUGUGUCUACAUCCCCACCAAGGCCAUCAAGCACACCAUCAUCAUCAGCUGGGGAGGCGUCAACAUCCCCAAGGGUCCAUUCCGGGUGAGUGUCGGAGAAGGUAGCCACCCCGAUAAAGUCAAGGUGUACGGUCCUGGAGUCGAGAAAACUGGGCUGAAGGCCAAUGAACCCACCUACUUCACUGUGGACUGCAGCGAGGCUGGCCAAGGAGACGUGAGCAUUGGGAUUAAAUGUGCCCCUGGGGUGGUGGGACCAGCAGAAGCCGACAUCGAUUUCGACAUCAUCAAGAACGACAACGACACCUUCACGGUGAAAUACACCCCCCCGGGCCCUGGGCGUUAUACCAUCAUGGUGCUCUUUGCCAACCAGGAAAUCCCCACAAGCCCUUUCCACAUCAAAGUGGACCCCUCGCACGACGCCAGCAAAGUGAAGGCCGAGGGGCCUGGCCUCAAUCGGACAGGCGUGGAGGUCGGGAAGCCCACUCACUUCACCGUCUUCACCAAGGGAGCGGGCAAAGCCAAGCUGGACGUCCACUUUGCCGGUGCCACCAAGGACGAGGUGGUGCGUGACUUUGAGAUCAUCGACAACCAUGAUUAUUCCUACACGGUCAAAUACACAGCCGUGCAGCAG